CAUUGCACAGGCCACCUGCAGACCUGCUCCAAGCACACCGUCACCACGCCGUCCCGACUACUGCAAGUGGACGCCGGAUUUGUUCGAGGCCAGCCACCGGCCGCUGCAAAGAGCGGAAAUGAAGCCACUGGCAACGUGCGUGCUGCGACGCGGAGGACGGUAGGAGGAUGCAGCCGGUGCUGCGAUGGAGCACUACCGUGCGUGCCGAUGGCGAUGCUGCACUGAAACUUUGCCGGCAGCCAUCGAGUGGUGUGAUGGGAGAUGCGACGACAGCCGGUGCUGCGAUAGAGCGACACCCGCGCCCGCGCGGUAGGCCGCUGCAGUGAAGCCUGCGGUGGCCGUCGGAGUGAUGUGAUGGAGCACCACCACGCCUGCGGUGGCGCUGCAUUGAAGCUUCGCCGGUGGUAUUGGGUGCUGAAGUGGGAGUUGACGGCAGCCGUCGUGGAGCACCACCGUGCUGUGGGCACUGCAGUGAAGCAUGCGGUGGUUGUUGGGGUGCUGCGAUGGAGCGCCGCCGUGCCGGUGGCGGCGCUACACUGAAGUUUUGCCGGCGGCCAACGGAUACGGCGAUGGGAGAUGCCAUGCCAGGCGGUGCUGCAAUGGAGCACCGCCGCGCGGCGAGGGGCUGCAGUGAAGCACGCGGCGGCCGUCGGGGUGCUGCGAUGAAGCACGGCCACGCCGGUGGUGGCGAGCUUCCAGGGCGCCCAUUGGUGGAGCGUCGCCGCGCUGCCGAUGAGGGGGCACGACUGCUGCUAUCUGCCAGGCGGCGCUGCUUCCCCACGGCGAGUCGGCGACACGGUCGUUGUUUUUUUGCUGUGGCUGUGAUGAGAGAAGAAAGCCCCGUCCGACGUGUUGACCAGAUCCAACGGAUGUGCGAGGAUGAAUCCAACGACGUGUGACCCGACUGCUUUCCCAGGAAAUCAACGGAUGAUUUGUAGCAGUCGCCAUAGAUCAAAGUGGGAAAGCAUCCAUAGACGAUACACUCGGACUCGAUGCUGUCAAGUGUGAAUCAUUGACGACUACGGACGGACGAAAGUCGGUUGGUUUGUGGAGUGCAGGCGCACGCCGUGGAGCCCAGUGCAGUGCUAGGCUGCUAGCCAUGCCGUGUGCCACGUGCAGACCCGACCCAGAGUCGACUCUGAGGACCUGACCUUGAGGCCCAGUUCUUUUAUGGGAUUAUAAAAUAAAUGGAGCUUAAAGAUUCUGGAAGAAACUGAGUCGGGGUCGGAUUCUGUCAAAAGAACUGGCCUCACUCUCCUCCCUUACUGAACGCGCUCACUCACUCUCCGGCUCCGCUCGCUGUCAUUGGAGAGUGAAAAAGAGUAGAAAACCACCGGAGGAAGCAAGGUAUCCUAGCACUUUUGGCUCGAGGACGACGAUCGAGGAGGGAGGAGAGGGGAAGACGAUGCUGCACUUCAGCCAUCCUGUGGUGCACCCCUCCCCGCCGGUGGUGGUGCCGCCGCCGACGCAGGGGCAGGGGCAGGCGGAGGUGGAGAUGGUGCCGCCGGCGCAGGGGCAGGCGGUGCAGGUGGAGGGGGCGAACGGGGACGGGAACGCGCCUGCUGGCGUGAUCAUGAGGGACCCGUGGACUAGGUGCGGGCUCGUGUUCCGCCUCCUGCAGGCCGCCUUCGCGGCCGCCGCGCUCGCCGUCAUGGCGUCGACCGACGACUUCCCCUCCGUCACCACAUUCCGCUACCUCGUAGCAGCAGCAAGUGUGCAAUGCCUGUGGAGCCUCGCCGUGGCCAUUCUGGAUGCCUAUGCAAUUGUUGUCAAACGUUCCUUCCGAACUGGCCGGGCUGUCAUCAUACUUGCCCUCGGGGACUGGGUCACAGGUACACUCAUCUUCAGUGCAGCGUGUGGAUCAGCAGCUAUCACCACUCUCCUUUCCAAUGAUUUCGGAGCUUGCUCGGUAAAUCCCUGUGCAAGCUUCAUGAACGCUACCGCCAUGGCUUUCUUGAGCUGGCUUGCGCGUGCACCGGCCUUUAUCGGGAACCUUUGGACGGCGGUCCACCGAAUUCAAAAAUCAUAGUUUGCGAAACGAGAAUCGGGCAUUUUGCGCGACCCCAUCCCGUUUCGUGACCAACUUGGACGCAUCGAUACAUCUAAUUAUAGCAUGACCAGGAAGCAACGGAUGGAUUCCCGUCGAACAGCAUAUGCCAUCAAUGUUUCUGUAUAAAUUAGGUAGUAGCUUGAUGUUUGAAAGGGUGGUUGUGCUGCUCUGGAUUUUUCUUCUUCUUUUGAGGACAGUAUGACUUCUUAUUAUAUGAGGGUGGACUGCCGGUUCUGUUCUGGUGGGGAUGAACUGAUGGGUUACUUGUGUAGAGCUCAAGGUUGCUGAUACGC